GAUUAACACAGUGAUUAGAUCACCUGGAUAAUAGUAUCGACUGUAUAUUCAUAUAUAACAUCAACUCAUUGCGUUCAUAACAAUUGUUCACUCAAUUUAUGGACACCAUUGCGAGCACCGGUAGCACUGGUUAUACCGCACUAUUGAACAUUGUUUUGGUGUCCAUACAGUCAGCCAUUGAUAGCAAAAAAGUCUCUUUGGACCGAUUCGGCGAUGAUUUGUGUGAAGUCCUGUUGAGUUACCUGUCAAUUAAGGACCGAUUCAGAUAUGAAUGUGUGUCCAAACAGUGGCAACGAUUGAUAUACACGACAGUCACUGACCUUAAGACCUCUGAGGUUAAUAAGCGGAAGCCUGUGGACACUGAAAGCCAUUUACAGGCAUUUGAAUUACUGCUGAAGAAGUGCCCAAACAUUGCGUUCAUAUACUGCAGAUACGCUAUGAGUGUCCGUAUGUUAUCGUUAAUCACUAAACACUGCAAUCAUUUGAAUGGCAUUUAUAUGUCGGUCGAGAGAAACACCACUAAUGAGACGAUUAACGAGUUUUUCGCGAAUUUUGCCAAACGAUUGCAAUCACUUGAGUGGACGCCAUGUCAGGGCGCUGUCGAGGGUUAUAUACUUAAUAAUAUGAAGUGUUGUCAAAAUCUACGGGAACUGUAUCUCGGAUAUGAAGGCAAUCAGUUGUCUCACGUGUUAAGUGACGAUAGAAAUGAGAUCGUUGACUACGAUGACGACGACAAGUCUAUCGCCGCCGUAAUGACUGGUUUGUCGCAAAUGCGGGCAUUAAUUGAUCUCAACAUUGAUCACCCGGUCUAUGAAUACACGGAUGUAGUGAACGACCACUUGAGACAAAUCGGUGUGAAUUGUCCCCAAAUCCGGAGACUUGCCCUCAAAAUACGUCUUCUAAGCAACAGCCCGUACGACGAGUUGAUUGCAGUACUCAACGAUAGCUUCAAACGAUUAAAACGACUCGAAAUCGUCAGCAAUUUCAACGAAGGGCUUCCCAAUGAAGGCGUGAAUCCAUGCAAACGUAUCACACAUUUAAGGCUAAAUUCAUUGAAUAUUGAUCCGCUCAAGUUCUACGACCACGAGAUCGACCACAUGGUCGCCAAUGUGGACAAAGUGUUCCCGAGUAUUGUCUCAUUAAGUGUCAAUUAUAUUGUCGCAACGGAUGAUGUGUUGCGGUCAUUGGCGAGACUCCCAAAAGUGCGAUUCAUCAAGCUCGAAAAUAGCACGUACUGGUUCACACGACACGCAUUAAAUGAUUUACGCCAACAUAAACCGGAUACUAUUAUCGAAAUCACUUGA